GAUCUUAAAAUUCAAUUUUAAACGGAACAGAACAUGUUGAAAAAAAAAACACAGUACAAAUUCACUUACCUAUAACCUUAAGAUAAUGGCCAACAUGUAUGAACCAAACGCAUUGGAUAGAGAAUUCAGCGAGUUUUGGACAAAAGUCAAUUGUUUUGCUGUGAUGGACUUUCCGUAUGACCAAAGAUGCGAGUUUGUGAGAAAUGCAAAUAACUGCAUACAUGGCACGAACUUCGUGCCGUACAUGCAUUUAUUGGCAUGCGAUUUCAAAUGUAAAAACGUGUUCGAGGAGCACAUCUUUGUGACCCUCUUCCUGAUUCUAUGUUUCGAAUUGAUGCUCUUCCUAACCCAUGUGGUGCAUUGUUAUUACACUCCGGCGAUGAAGGUAGUUUCCCGAAUGCUUCAUAUGAACGAGCAUCUGGCUGGCGUGACGAUCAUGGCACUUGGCAACACACUUCCAGAUAUGUUUGCCAAUAUCUGGGCUAUUUAUGACGACACGGCCGUGUUUGCCAAUUGCCUUUCUUCGGCAUUAUUUGUAACCAUGUUCAGUGGGGGAAUAAUAUGCUAUAUCAGUCCAUUUCAAAUGAAUGCUUAUAAUACCGUGCGCGAUCUACUCUUCCUUAUCUUUGGAGUGAUGCUGCUUGAGUAUCUUAUAAUCACUGAAGAGUCGGUUACGAUCGCUGAGUGCAUAUUACUGAUGGCGGUGUACAUCAUAUACAUAAUUGUCAACGUGCUCGAUGUGUAUUUCUUGAAACGUACCCUACAAUCUUUGAGACGAGAAAUCAACGAACUGUACGAAUUACCACAGUCAGAAGAUGUUAAAGAAAAGCGCGAUGCACUAGAAAACCAAUACAAAUUACUUUCCCGGGAUGUUCGAGUAACUAUAUUGCAGCGCAAAUCGUAUCAAAAUGAUAAUCGAACUUUCAGCUUUUUGACAAAAGUCGGAAGCGAACGUGUCACAAUUGACAUGGAAGCCAAUCGCAAUAUACAUUACACCAGGGACCGAAGCAAGAAUCACCAUCUCUUUAGGGAAUUCUUCUCUGCAAUUCAGCCCAUUAAAUUGAAUGAAUGGCGCCAGGCGACCAUGUUAGUUCGCGCCUACUAUAUUGCUCGGGCCCCAGUUGUAUUUUUAAGUGUCAUUUAUAUACCCUUGGUGGAUUACGAGCUGAAGAAGAAUGGCUGGAGUAAGCUGCUCAACUGCAUACAAAUUUUCCUUAACCCAGCGGUUACAAUCACAAUGGGCCAGGCCAUGAUAUUUACAGAUAAGUCGAAGCUGUGGUAUUAUAAUAUACCACAUGACGUUAAAUACGGCCUUUACUCCCUGGUGGUAACAGUGCCCAUAGCCAUAGCUGUGUUUUUCCACUCAAACACCAGUGUCCCGCCGCCGUAUCACUGGUUGUUUACAAUUAUGAAUCUUACUGGAUUCAUAUUUCUGACGUUUAAGUGCUCCAUCGAAAUAUCAUUGAUCACGGAUGUUCUUGGCCAUAUGUUUAAAGAUCCUGCAGAUUUUAUGGGUGUCACUGUCAAAUCCAUCGCCAACUCCUUGGAUAAUCUUGUAACGAUAAUGUCUAUGGCUCUGCAGAGGUAUGAGAAAAUGGCAUAUGCAGCAGCCAUUGGGAGUCAAUUUUUCAACGUGCUUCUGAGCACCGGCAUUUUGCUUUCCACCAAGAUUUAUUAAGCCCAUAGCAUUGAAAUGAAUAGUGUGAUUGGAUCCUAUUCGAAGAAUGCAUUAAUACUAUUGAUUUCUGGUCUCUUAACCACACUACAGUGGACGUCGUUGUUGAAUUUUAAUGCCCGACGCUCGGUAGGGAUUUUCUCCAUGUCUAUGGUCUAUGCAUAGUUUUCAGCAUUCUUAUUAGGAUGGAAAUGAUUCACCCAUACGAUGUGGAUCUUAUUCUCACCGAUGCCUAUGAAAACAAUUAGGAAUUUUAUACUUUUAGUGAUAAAUUGUUUACGAAAAAAAUCCAAAUUAUUUGCGACAUAAAUUACAUCUAUUGAACAAUAAAAAAAAUAAGUACACAUUAAAAGCAGGUCAAAAA